UUUCAAAACCCCAAAAGUACGAAACGAAGGAAACACAGACACGGCCGGAAAAUGGCCGGCGACGACCGCAUCACUGCAUUGCCCGAAUCCGUACUCGUCCACAUCCUCUCCUUCCUACCUGUCCGAGACGCCAUCAAAACCGAAGCCUUGUCGAAACGAUGGCAAUUCCUCUGGACUUACCUCCCAUCCCUCCUCUUCCGUCAAGAUGACUACCUCACAACAAACGAGGAGGGAUUCGUCGCCUUCGUUGACAAAACCCUUCCCGUCUUCAGCUUCUCCAAGCUCGAGAAAUUCGGGGUCGAUUUCUUUUACCAGCCGCGUUUCGCUCCGAAUGUGAAUUCGUGGACUCGAUUUGCAGCGGGGAAGGGCGUGGAGGAGCUUUACCUCGAAUUCGACUCCGAUGAUUUGGACGAGGACGUACGGUACGAGUUGCCACAGGUUUUGUAUACGAAUUCAUCGUUCAAAAGUUUGGGUUUCUCGUUGUGUAGGGUUAUUCCUAAAGGAAAUGUUGCCUGGAAUUCGCUAAAGAAACUGUCGAUUGGGUAUGUGAAGUUGAGUGAUGGUGUGAUUGAAAAGAUAUUAGCUGGUAGUCCUGUGUUGGAAGUAUUGGAAUUGUGUAACUAUGGGGGUUUUAGUCGUUUGGACCUCAGUAAUACCAGUGUGAAAAAAUUGAUCCUUAGAGAGUUUUGGGAAGGAUAUGUACCGGAUAGGGAACACGAUAAUGACUCUGAAGAAGAUGAUGAAGAUGACGAUAGUGAAUCUGAAGAAGAGGAAUCUGAUGGCGAAGACGACGACGAUGGGGAAAACAAUUUUUUUUAUUUGAACAUCGAACACGACAACUCUGAAGAAGAGGCAGAGGAUGGGGAACACAACUACUCUGAAGAAGAGGAAUCUGAUGGCGAACACAAUGACUCUGAAGAAGAGGAAUCUGAUGGCGAACUCAACUCCUCUGAAGAAGAGGAAUCUGAUGGUGAACACAAUGACUCUGAAGAAGAGGAAUCUGAUGGCAAACUCAACUCCUCUGAAGAAGAGGAAUCUGAUGGCGAACACAACAACUCUGAAGAAGAGGAAGAUGAUGGGGAACAUGGUGACUCUGAGGAAGAUGAUGGGGAACACGAUGACUCUGAAGAAGAUGACGGGGAACACGAUGACUCUGAAGAAGAUGAAGUUGAUAGUGAACACGACAAUGAAAGGUUGGAAAUAUCGGCUCCUUAUCUCCGGUCAUUGGAGAUUUCCGGUUGUAUACCGAGGAAUUGUCAGCUGAGGAACAUAUCAUCUUUGGUUGAUGCUACCCUUGACUGCGACUUGGAUAGAUAUGACGAUAAUGAAAGGAUCCAAGAUACUUUAAGAGGACUUCUUGAGAGCCUUGUUCAUGUGAAGAGACUUACAUUAGGUGCUCAGGCUGCAAAGCUUUUCAAGUUUCUUGAUAGAAUCUCUGGGAGGAGGGGUUUUGUUUUUGUUUGGAUGUGUUUUGUUGUGGCAUUGCCAAAGGAAAACUCCAGCAUGCCUUGCUCUCCUUUUGUUGGCAAUGCCAUUUGGAAAACAUUGUUUUUUUUUUUUUUUUUGUAAUUUCAUGUAAUGGUGUUGGAAAUUUCUUUCUCUGUAAAUUGUAAUUGUUCUUAAGUUUAUUUAAGUUUAUGUUGUCGGAAUCAGAAUGGGAUGAACUUUAAGA